AUGAGUGCGGCGCUUCCAUCAAUUCAGCUUCCCAUAGACUAUAGCAACCUAUUUAAUGAAAUCACUGAUUUCUUGGUGACUUUCAAACAAGAUACAUUGUCUGGUCAAGCAUCACGAAAUGAGGAUGAAGACGAAGACAUGGAUGCUGAGAAUAUAGAACAAGACCUAUUGGAAAAGGGUCCCAAAUAUAUGGCAAUACUACAGAAAGUCGCCAAUAGGGAAUUGAAUUCUGUGGUUAUAGAUUUGAAUGAUAUUUUACAGUAUCAGAACGAAAAGUUUCUUCAGGGGACGCAGGCGGACGAUCUUGUUUCCGCCAUUCAGCAAAACGCAAAUCAUUUCACUGAGUUAUUCUGUCGUGCCAUAGAUAACAAUAUACCGCUGCCAACAAAGGAAAUUGAUUACAAGGAUGAUGUUCUUGAUGUUAUUUUAAAUCAAAGAAGACUAAGGAACGAGAGAAUGCUCUCAGAUAGAACCAAUGAGAUCAGAAACGAGAAUCUUAUGGACACCACUUCCGAUCCACCCUCCUCCAUGAACGAUGCUUUGAGGGAAGUUGUCGAAGAUGAAACUGAACUGUUUCCUCCUAAUUUGACUAGACGCUAUUUCCUUUAUUUCAAACCUUUAUCUCAAAAUUAUGCUCGUCGUUACAGAAAGAAAGCAGUCAGUUCCAGACCGUUAUCUGUAAGACAGAUCAAAGGUGACUUUCUGGGCCAACUUAUUACUGUCAGAGGUAUUAUCACCAGAGUUUCUGAUGUCAAACCAGCUGUUGAAGUUAUCGCUUAUACAUGCGACCAAUGUGGAUAUGAAGUAUUCCAAGAAGUGAAUUCUCGCACUUUCACUCCAUUGUCCGAAUGUACUUCCGAAGAAUGUUCCCAGAAUCAAACAAAAGGUCAGUUGUUCAUGAGCACAAGAGCUUCCAAAUUUAGUGCCUUUCAGGAAUGCAGGAUUCAAGAAUUAUCACAGCAGGUGCCAGUAGGUCACAUUCCUAGGUCGUUAAAUAUCCACGUAAACGGGACGUUGGUAAGAUCAUCAUCACCUGGUGAUAUCGUCGAUGUCACUGGUAUCUUUUUGCCAGCCCCCUACACCGGUUUCAAGGCUUUGAAAGCUGGCUUAUUGACGGAAACUUACUUGGAGGCUCAGUUUGUUCGUCAACACAAGAAGAAAUUUGCGUCUUUCAGCCUGACUUCUGAUGUGGAGGAAAGAGUUAUGGAACUAAUCGCUUCCGGCGAUGUCUACAAUAGACUAGCAAAAUCUAUUGCUCCGGAAAUUUAUGGCAACUUGGACGUUAAGAAGGCGCUGCUGUUGCUACUGGUCGGCGGUGUAGACAAAAGAGUGGGUGACGGUAUGAAAAUUAGAGGUGAUAUUAAUGUAUGUUUGAUGGGUGAUCCUGGUGUUGCUAAAUCCCAAUUGCUGAAAGCCAUUUGUAAGAUAUCACCACGUGGUGUCUAUACCACCGGUAAAGGUUCAUCAGGGGUUGGUCUAACUGCUGCGGUCAUGAAAGAUCCCGUCACAGAUGAAAUGAUUUUGGAAGGCGGUGCCUUAGUACUUGCUGAUAACGGCAUUUGUUGUAUUGAUGAAUUUGACAAGAUGGACGAAAGUGACAGGACUGCAAUCCAUGAAGUUAUGGAACAACAAACCAUUUCGAUAUCCAAAGCCGGUAUCAACACCACUUUGAACGCCAGAACUUCGAUCCUAGCAGCGGCAAACCCAUUAUACGGUAGAUACAAUCCUAGAUUAUCCCCCUUAGAUAAUAUCAACCUGCCAGCCGCGUUACUAUCUAGAUUUGAUAUUCUCUUCUUGAUGUUAGAUAUACCAAGUAGGGACGAUGACGAGAAAUUAGCUGAGCACGUAACAUAUGUGCAUAUGCAUAAUAAACAACCGGAUUUGGACUUCACUCCAGUAGAACCCUCUAGGAUGAGAGAGUACAUUGCCUAUGCUAAGACCAAGAGACCAGUCAUGAGCGAGCACGUAAACGAUUAUGUGGUCCAAGCUUACAUCAGAUUAAGACAAGACUCCAAGAGAGAGAUGGAUUCUAAGUUUUCCUUCGGUCAGGCCACUCCUAGAACUUUGCUUGGCAUUAUAAGAUUAUCUCAGGCGCUAGCAAAGUUAAGAUUGGCUGAUACGGUGGACAUAGACGAUGUGGAAGAAGCCCUGAGAUUGGUCAGGGUCUCAAAAGAAUCGUUGUAUCAAGAGACCAAUAAAUCGAAAGAAGAUGAAAGCCCCACAACAAAAAUUUUCACAAUCAUCAAAAAAAUGCUGCAAGAGACUGGUAAAAACACGCUAUCAUACGAAAAUAUUGUGAAAACCAUAAGAUUGAGAGGAUUUACUAUGCUGCAAUUAAGCAACUGUAUUCAAGAAUAUUCUUACUUAAAUGUCUGGCAUUUAAUCAAUGAAGGUAACACUUUGAAAUUCGUAGAUGACGGCACCAUGGAUGCUGAUCAUGAAGAUUCAAAAACGGGUACGCCAAACCUCGCGCCACAAACCGCCGCUACCGCCGACUCAAGCGCGCAAGAUUCUGAUAUCGAUUUGCAGGAUGCUUGA